AUGACGGAGCCCACAGUGCUCAUCAUCGGCGCGGGCACCUUCGGGACCUCGACGGCCUACCACCUAGCGCAGACCUACGCCGACCCGUCCCGCGUAACCAUCAUCGACCGCGAGCCGUCGCCGCCGGCCAAGGCCGCCGCCAUCGACAUCAACCGCAUAAUCCGGGCUGACUACCCGAGCACGCUGUACUGCAACCUGGCCAACGAGGCCAUCCACACGUGGUUCUGGAGCAACGAGCUCGGGCCGUGCUUCCACAAGGUCGGGUGGCUGAGGCUGAACGAGCGGGGCAGCGACAUGCAGGACCGGAUCUUCGCCGCCCUGCGCGGGAGGGGCACGCACAUCAUGCAGGACGUCCCGCUGGACGACCUCGGCCGGCGGUGGGACGGGCUGCUCGCGGGCACGCACACGGACGGGUUCGGGAGUGCGUAUCUCAACCCGGACGCCGGGUGGGUGGACGCCGCGAGCGCGACGGCGAGGUUCAUGGCGACGGCGGCGGGGAAGGGCGUCAAGCGGGUCGUCGGGGACGUAGUGGAGCUGCUGGUCGAUGCCAGGACGGGCCGGGUCGAGGGCUGCAGGACGGCGGACGGGCGGCGCCUCCUGGCUGACAAGGUCGUGCUUGCCGUCGGCGGGUGGACCAGCGCCUUGCUGGCUCCUGUCGAGGCUGCGCUGGGGGUCCCCGAGCAAGACAGCGUCGAGCGCCAGGCGCAGGCCACGGCGAUCGUUUCGGCGUACUACCGGGUAUCAGGCGGUGAUGCCCAGAGGAUGGCGGAGGUCGAGAUGCCGUGUGUCAUUUAUGGUCAGGUCGGGGAGGUCAUUCCGGCUUCGAAGGAGAACGGACUCCUCAAGUAUAAUAAUUCGGGAACCCGGCUGAUAAACACUGUGACAAGCAAGUCGGGAAGGAAGAUAUCGGUCCCGUCGAAUCGCAACCAGAGGGACGUCCCCGAGGGUCUGAAACAGGAGACGGAGGCGAUACUCACGUCGAAGCUGAUGCCACGUUUCGCCCAGGAGAAACCAGAGUACUGGAGGAUAUGUUGGGACUCGAUGACGCCGUCAGAGGAUUUGUUGCUUUGUGAGCACCCGAAGGUCAAGGGCAUAUAUAUCAUGGCGGGUGGUUCGUUCUGUGGCUACAAGUUCCUUCCAAAUCUUGGGAAGUAUAUGCUGAACGUCUUGAGCGGACAGAGCAACGGGGCGGAGAAAGACAAGGCGUGGGGCUGGAAGAGCAGCGCCGAACUAGAGGAGGCGAUGCGAGGGAGGAAGUCCGGCGAGCAGCGAGAAUUCGAAGAGUUCGUCGAUAAAAGUCCGUCCAGACCGAACGACCAGGCCCGACUUUGA